UCCGUGCAUCCAAAGAAUAUUUUUACAUUCGUUCGACUUAAAUCUAUAGUAGUUAAGGCCAGCUCUCUAAAAGGAGCACGGUUUAUGCACCUCACUCCGAGUUUAUUAGACCAUUUUGAGGACAAAGUAAGAAAGGAUGACUUGAAAUUUGAAAAGCCUAAUUCUCAAAAAGGAAUUCGCCUUGGUUCAUUUGAUGGAAAAACUGCUCAUUUGUUAAGUUACGAGGAAAGGAGAAAAGCUGGUUUAUUAACUCCUACUCAAAAGGUGGUUGAAGCUGGAAAGGAUUUUACAUACCUUAUUGUUAUACUUGCUGGCAUCGGCUUGUGCGGUGUCUUUGGUUACAGCACCUUAACAGAAAUCUUUGGCAGCGUUAGUUCCUCUACGGUGUACAAAAAAUCCUUUCAGUUGGUUUUAGAGAAUGAAAAAAUUAGAAGUUCGCUCGGAGAAAGCAUUAAAGCUUCAGCAAAUCCGCUUGAAAAUCGGGAGAGGGCUCCAGGAUUCGCCGAGUACGAAGUUAACGGAGAAAUAUACAAACGCAUGAAGUACUAUAUAAAAGGAUCACGUGGAACAGGCACUGUACAUCUAGAAAUCAAGCAAAAUGGUACUAACUUUGAUUUUCGAUACAUCGUAGUUGAACUUUUAGAACUUGGUCGUUCUCCUCAAAGUAUUGUUGUAUGCAGCAAAAUUGAAAAGCCUGCUUGACGGGGAAAACCGAAUUCU